AUGGUGUUCUGGAGAUCUAGGUGGGCGCUGGAUAGACAUGCCAAUGGCACCGUUCCAGACGGCUUCAUCCUCCUGGGCUUCUCAGAUAAUCCCAGGCUAGAAAGGACCCUAUUUGUGGUGGUGUCUGUCUUUUACACCGUCACCCUAGCGGGCAACACCACCAUCAUACUCCUGUCUCACCUGGACCCCCACCUCCACACCCCCAUGUACUUCUUCCUCACCCACCUCUCUGCCCUGGACCUCUGCUUUACCACCAGCUGCAUCCCUCAGAUGCUGGUCAAUUUCUGGAGCUCUGACAAGACCAUCAGCUAUCUAGGUUGUGCUGUCCAGCUCUACAUCUUCCUGGGACUCGGGGCCUCAGAAUGUGUUCUGCUGCUGGUCAUGGCCUUCGACCGCUAUGUGGCUGUAUGCCGACCCCUGCACUAUGCAGUCAUCAUGCGCCCACCCCUGUGUCACAGGCUGGCAUUCCUGGUUUGGGCAAGUGGGGUUUUUGGCACAUUGGUGCAGUCUCCAUCCACCAUGAAACUCCCCUUUUGCCGUCACCACCAGGUUGAUGACUUUGUCUGUGAGGUCCCUGCACUGAUCCGCCUGGCCUGUGGAGACACACGGGUCAAUGAGCUCCAGAUCUCAGUGAUAGGUGCCGUCUUCCUGAUGGGGCCCCUCCUGCUCAUCCUGGUCUCCUAUGGCCGUAUCGCACAGGCGGUGCUGGCCAUCCAGUCCCAGGAUGGAAGGACCAAGGCCUUCCGCACCUGCUCCUCCCACCUGGCUGUCGUGUUUCUCUUCUACUGCAGUGUCACGGCUGUCUACAUCCGACCCCGGAGUCAUUUUUCCCAGAAGGGAGGAAAGUUCCUAACUCUGUUCUACACUGUGGUGACCCCCACUCUCAACCCACUCAUCUACACUUUGAGGAACAAGGACAUGAAGGGAGCUUUCAGGAGACUCCUAGGCAAAGACAGAAUGACCACUGAACAGUGA